CUAUUUAACAUCUCCGCCAUUAGCAAAUUAAAUAAUUGUAAGUUUUCAAAAAUCAUAAAUUGGGCUGAAAAUUGCAGAAAGCCAAAAGAAAAAUAUUUAAAAGGUUAUUUUACAAUGGCAAAAACUAAAAGAUCGAAAAAAGAUUCAACAGAAUCUGAAGAAACGGCAACUUCUAGUUCAGGGAGUUCGGAUUCUGGUUCUGCUUCCGAAACAGAUUCCUCUAGUAGUUCUGAAGAUGAAAAAGCACGGGCAAAAAAAUUAAAGGAAAAACGCCGAAAACAAAAACAACAACGUGAAAGACAAAAAGAACAAUCGUUAUCUUUUUCUCUAAGUGAAUCUGAAAAUGAAAAAUUAAAAAAAAAGCGUAGAGAAAAGACUAAAGAAAAAAGACGUAAUCCAUCGGAAAAAGGAAUUAGAGAUGAAAAACGUUCUAAAAAAAGGCGCGUAACUGAAGAAUUGGAAUAUGGUGAGGAAAAAAAACUUUCAUCACAGUCGUCUCCGCAACAAUCACAUCGACAUACAAGUCAUCAUCAUAGUCGCGAUCGCAGCCGUGAUUCACAAACGGUGACAGAUCAUCGUCGUCACGAAUAUGUUGAAGCAAGCUCCAAGUGGGAAAGUCCUGAGCAUCCGAGAGAAUAUUCAGAAAAAAGGCGAGACCCUGGUAAUGGAUUUUACCAAAAUGAAAAUAAAACAAACCGAAGAAAUCCUUUCGAUGACCGAAAUAGGGAGCAUCAGGCACAUCAACCGCAACAGAUUUAUCAUCACGAUGAUAGAAAUCAACCACAACAGCAACAACAAUUUCGCAAGCAUAACACAUUCGAAAAUCGGGAUCAAUUCCGAAAUAGGCAAGAUAGUUACCAUGAUAGAGAUCAAUAUAAAAGAUUCGAUACUCAAAGAGAAAGAAGACCAUUCCCACAUCCGCAACAACAACAACAUCAUCAGCAACCACCACAGCAGCAAAGAUUUCAGAAUAGAAAUUGGAAUGAUAGAAAUAUUGAUCGCAAUGAUUUUCGAAAUCAAAACAAUAGACCCUUCAAUAAUUGGAAUAAUAGUCGAGGCGGCGGUAGAUCUUUUCAAGAUAGAAGGGGUGGAGGUCAUCCUGGUGGUGAAAAAAGAAAUGAUUUUUAUGACCGUAGAGGGCCUGAUGUGAGAGGGGAACGGAGAGAUAUGCCAGAACGACGAGAUUUACCAGACCGCAGGGAGCGUAAUGAUUUCCGUCGAAACAGUAACGAUAGGCGGAUUGAAAACUUUGACAGAAAUAGAGCUGGAAAAUCUGGUGAAAGUAUGGAAAGAAAUAGACGACCAAAUUAUAACGACAAUAGACGGGAACCACGAAGAGACGGAUCGGAAGAUCGAAAAAAUUUCACUAGCAGAAAAAAUGAUUUUCAAAAAAGCACCGGUAACAGUUUAAGUGGUGAACGUCGUCCAAAAGAAAGACGAUUUUCCAGUCGGUCUCCAGAUAAACGAUCACAGCAAACUAUAAGUGAAAAAACCUCACACCGUGAACGUAGUUGGGAUAAAGGCAAAAGACAAAGUCGCAGUCCUUCGCCUCGUAAAAGAUCAUUCAAACGAGAAUUAAAUAGUGAAGACAAAGAUUAUGAAUGGGGCGGCAGCAGACGCCGCCGUUCCAGGUCAAAAAAUUCAAGAGGAUCACGUGAUUCCUCUGGUGGUCCACCAUCUGAAAAACAAAAACCUACUUUUGCUUUAAGUGGAAAAUUAACUGAGGAUACCAAUACUGUUAAUGGCGUUGUUAUUAAAUAUGCUGAACCACCAGAAGCUAGAAAACCAAAACGACGAUGGCGUUUAUACCCGUUUAAGGGUGAAAAAGCAAUGCCAACUUUAUAUAUACAUCGACAAAGUGCAUAUUUAAUUGGCCGAGAUCGCAAAGUUUGCGAUUUACCAGUUGAUCAUCCUUCAUGUUCUAAGCAACAUGCUGUUUUACAAUAUCGUCUUGUUCCAUUUGAAAGAGAAAAUGGUACUGUUGGAAAACGUGUUCGUCCAUAUAUUUUGGAUUUGGAGUCAGCUAAUGGAACAUAUUUAAAUAAUAAACGUAUUGAAUCGAAAAAGUAUUUUGAACUAUUAGAAAAGGACGUUAUAAAAUUUGGAUUUAGUUCAAGGGAAUAUGUUUUGUUACAUGAAAAUAGUAAAGAAGAUGAAUUGGAUGACGACGUAUAUGACGAUAUUCCAAUAAAAAAGGAAAGGAAUUAAAUUUAUUACUACGAUGAUUUUUAUUGAUAUUUAUUCAAAAGUUCAUCAAGGAUAUUAUUGACAAAAAAAUCAAUCAUCGUAUCUUCAAUAUUAUAACAAUAAUCAGAAUUUAUGAAAAAAUUAUCAUCGUCGUAUUUUUUUCUUAGAUAUUAAGAGUGUAAUUUUAAGAAUUAUCAUCUCCAAAUGAAAAUUAAACACAGUCCAUCAAAAUAGAUUGAAGAAUUUAACAAAAUUUAAGUAAAUUACAUUUUAAUUGUAUUCACGAUUGCAAAUUCAUAAAAU